CUUCCCGGUACUGACUAGUGAGAGCACUGAUCUCAGGAUGUACGAAAAAAUAGUAAUUAUAUUACUACUAAUCUUGGGUUGUAUUUCUGCUGAAGACCAAGAGGAUUCCGGGACUCAGGGAGAACAAAUUAAGCUACCGACAGAAACAGACUUGACUCCCUCAGUGACGCCAUCACCUAGCACUCCUAGUAUAGGACAAGCCUCUUCAGAUUUUACACACCAACCACCCCCAGACAGAAGAAAAAAAGCAAAGAAACAAAUUGUCCACCCUUUCUCUGAACCAGUGAUAAUAGGGAUUAUUUAUGCAGUGAUGCUUGGUAUCAUUACAGUUAUCCUCGCAAUUGCCUUCUGUAUUAGCCAACUGACAAAGAAACGUUCACUUCCUGUCCAACAUUCGUCCCCAGAAAAUGCAGACUUUGAAGUUCUAUAGAAACAAGAAUCUAGAAAAGUAAUUCAUGAGAAUCUGAUCCUUAAGCCAAAUUUUGGAAGAAGUCAAAGACACAAGACUUCAGUCAAAUGAAAAAUGAACGUGUGAAUUACAUACUUCAAUAUAUUAUAUACCUUCCUACGUAAUACAACUUCAAGAUGAAAAUUUCAUCAUAAGGAGUCCAGUGACUCGAUGAUGGAAAAUGUCUCUACUCAUUAACAUUACAAAAUGAAGAGCAAUUAUUUCCUUUUAUGCAUGCUUUUGGGUGUUAGUGUUAUUUUUAUAAUUAAUUGAUUUAGAAUUCUGAUCCCCAAACUCCAGUUGACUUUGUCUGUAGUUCUUUAUGACUUAUUCUAUUUUAUUACAGUUCAGUGAUUGUGCUGUCAAAUGAAAGGCUUGUAAUGUCUGGAUGAUAUUAAUUUCUCAUCCCAGAAUUCUGAGACUUGUCAUUGUUUUAAAUAUAUU